UUAGCUUCGCUCAGACCGUUGGGGCAGGUUGCAGUUGUGAUACUGGUGUACAGGUCGUGGAAAGAUUUUGCUAACUAAUGUCACUGAAGAUAAAAGGUAGUCUUCCGUAUAACAUUGUUAAAAGUUUUGAAAGAAAUGCGUCGGCGUUCCGAUAUUUCUAGGUAGUCAGCUCAUAUGUUAAGAGCCCCUGCAUUAAUUAGUAACAAUAGCUAGUUAGUGUACAGUGCAUUUCGUGCAGUUUCGUCAACACGAGCGCCGGACUCUGUCAAAGGUUGGACCGAACCGGCGUGAUGAUCCCCGAAUGUCCCAGGAGUUCUGAGACGAGGACCCCCAUACGGUGUCAAGGUGCCGAUCUAACCCAGACUCGCUCUGGGUUACUUUCUGAGAUAAAAACACCAAUCAAGACCGAGCCAUUUAAUGAACACUACAGUCUUAUCCCUGGCAAAGAGCUUGGCAGGGGGAAGUUUGCUGUGGUGAAGAAAUAUGUGGAGAAGCAGACGGGGAAGGAGUAUGCCGCUAAGUUCAUGAGGAAGAGGAGGAAGGGCCAGGACUGCCGGCUGGAGAUCAUCCAUGAGAUCGCAGUGCUGGAGCUGGCCACCGCCAGCCCCUGGGUCAUUAACCUGCACCAGGUGUACGAGACUGCCAACGAGAUGAUCCUGGUGCUGGAGUAUGCCGCCGGGGGGGAGAUAUUUCACCAGUGCGUGGCGGAGCGGGAGGAGGCCUUCAGGGAGGCAGACGUGAAGCGGCUGAUGCGGCAGAUCCUGGAGGGCGUGGCCUUCCUGCACAGGAGCAGCGUGGUGCACCUGGACCUCAAGCCCCAGAACAUCCUGCUGACCAGCGAGGAUCCUCUGGGAGAUAUCAAAAUAGUGGACUUUGGCCUCUCCCGCAUGGUGAGCAGCAGCCAGGAGCUGCGGGAGAUCAUGGGGACCCCAGAGUAUGUGGCUCCAGAAAUCUUGAAUUAUGAGCCAAUAAGCACAGCGACAGACAUGUGGAGUAUUGGAGUGCUAGCCUACGUGAUGCUAACAGGGACCUCUCCUUUCCUGGGAGAUGACAAGCAGGAAACCUUCCUCAACAUUUCCCAAAUCAACAUCAGCUACACAGAGGAGGAGCUGGAGGGACUGGAGCCGUCUGCCAUCCAGUUCAUGAAGUCUCUGCUCAUUAAAGAACCACAGGCCCGGGCCACUGCAGAGGCCUGUCUACAGCACCCCUGGCUCCAGCAGCCCACAGAGGGGAAGGAAGAAAGGAAGGAGGCCACGGAGGGAGAGCCCAACAGCCCCGCCUCCCCUCCCUCCAAGGAGGAGGAAGAGGAGGAGGAGGAAGGCCAGCUGAGAGAGGAGCUGAUCGUGGUGGCAGCAUACACCCUGGGACAGUGCCGGCAGUCGCAGUCAGAGAAAGAGGGCCUGACCCCAGAGCAGAAGGCCGUAUCCAAGCGCUUCAAAUUCGAGGAGCCCUUCAGCGCCCUGCAGGAGGUCCCCGGAGGGUUCAUCUACUGAAGCCCUCCUGCAGUCAGGCCUCUCCCUAACCCUCCCCGUGAUUUGAACUCAUUAAGCCAAACCUCUGUCGUUCAUUAAGCUUGUUGGUUUGUUUGUUUUUAACGUGCUGCUUUGUUUUUAUUGGGUAAACUACAACAGACUGAACCUUGCUGUGUUUCGCUUUUUCUACUUGGUGCCAUGCUUGAGUUGAAAUGAAACGAAGCCUUGCGCUGAGCUGCUUCAUUUUGUGUAGGUUUUUUUUAUUUGUUUGUUUUGUUUGUGUUUUUUUUUGCUUUGAGCGUCAUGUUCUCUUUUUGCCAUCUCUUUCUAAAAGUGUGUAUUGUUUAUGUUUAAUAGUAAAGAUUUGGUUGGGGGAAGGGCUAAAUAUAUGUAUAUACAACUAAAGCUAAUAUUGUUUCAAGAGUAUGUUUUAAUUACAUGGUUUAAAAAAGCGAAAAAAGCCAUUGCACAUAUAUGACCCCAAACCGUCUUUACGGUCAGUCCUUGGGUUUAAAUUUCUAAAGCAAUAAGUACAUUUCAUUGUACACUGUUUGUGCAGUGAUUUUUUUUUUUACUCAUCCGUAGAUUUGUCAGUAUAUGUUUAGGCAAGUUUGUCUCCUGAUUACAUCAUUUCUAUGGAAACAAAGUUGAACAUGAAUAUGUUAUAUGGCACUGUAAAUAAAUGUUCAUCUCAAAAGUA